AUGCCAGCAGCCUUCACUCCAGAGAAGACGGGCCUUAUCACCCUGCGCGGCUCCACGGACACCGUGGUCGAGUUCUUCGGCUACGCCAUCAACAGCAUCUUGUACCAGCGCGGGGUCUACCCGCCAGAGAACUUCACUUCCGUGGCCAAGUACGGAUUGUCCAUCCUCGUGACCAAAGAUAAGGGCCUCCAGGAGUACUUGGGCGAGGUCCUCAAGCAACUCCGCGGCUGGAUGAUGGUCAGCCAGGUGAAGAAGCUGGUUGUUGUCGUGGCGUCGCAGGUGACGGAGGAGACCCUGGAGCGCUGGACGUUUGAUGUGCAGGUGAACGACGGCGCCACCACGGCCUUGGCGGUUCCGCAGACGCAGGCUGACAAGGUCCGUGAGCAGAAGGAGAUUCAGGCAGCUGGGGGCGGUGGUUCGCAUGGAAAGCACAUGGCAUCACGCGCCAUCGCAGCUGUCCUCUUGGCCCCCACCUCGUGUGCGACUCUCCGCUGGCCGGCAGGCAGUGCUGGCACAGCCGCCCCUUGCCAGAGGAGGUGGAGUUCUGCCAUGCCUGGCGGAUGCUUGGAGCAUUACCUGCAGCUGAAGGCUUCGGGUGAGAUCCAAGAAGACCCUCGUCAGGAGGUGUGCAUGAAGAUGCUUGAUGACCUUGCCAAGGACAUCAUGAGCUACACGCCCAAGAUGACUCGGGCAGCCAAGGCCACAACACCUCCCCCCAGUGCCUCAUCUGGCGGUGGCGGCUUCUUUGGCGGCCUCUUUGGGGGCAAGGCCAAGCCAGCCAAGGCUCCUGCACCCAAGGCAGAGGUAGCUUUGAAGCCUGCCCCGGGCCAGAGGGGCCUCUAUUUAUGGGGGGGGACUGGUACCGGCAAGACCUUCAUGAUGAACAUGUUUUAUGACAAGAUCAAUAUCAAGGACAAGAAACGAAUCCAUUUCCACGAGUGGAUGAUUGAUGUGCACACAAGGCUGCACCAAAAGCAGAAGGGCAGCAGCGCCAACAAGGACAACACAGCGGAUGAUCUGGUGGAGCAGGUGGCAACUGACAUGAUGAGGGAGGGCUGGCUCCUAUGCUUUGACGAGUUUCAGGUGACGCACAUCAGCGACGCCAUCAUCAUGAAGCGCAUCUUCUCGGUGCUUUUCGAGCUCGGGGCCGUGGUGGUCGCCACCUCGAACCGGCCUCCCCAAGACUUGUACCUGAACGGCCUCAAUCGUCCAUUGUUCCUUCCCUUCAUUCCCAUGCUCGAGGACUUCUGCAAAGUGCAUGACAUCGGUGCCGAGGUCGACUACCGAAUGACUUCCACGCGUGAUGGGGAAGAUGACCGGGUGUACAUCACUCCGAACGGACCUGCUGAGCAGAAGAUCUUGGAGUACAAGUUUGCCAAGAUCUGUCAGGGCAAGUUCCGCACGGGCUCCCAGGUAGAGGCGCAGGGGCGCAAGGUGGUGGUGCCCCGCAGCGCAGAGAACUCCUCCGUCGCCUGGUUCGAGUUCUCCGACUUGUGCAACAAGGCCCUAGGUGCAGCGGACUACCUAGCCAUUGGGCACGCUUUCCACACGGUCUUCCUGGCAAACAUCCCCAAGCUCACCAUGCAAGAGCGGGAUCAAGUCCGGCGCUUCAUCACCUUGAUCGACUCGCUCUACGAGUGCCACACCAAGGUGGUGUGCACGGCGGCGCUGGAUCCCAUACCCCUUUUCUACGUCUCGGAGGAGGAGCGGAAGACGUCGAUUGCAGAUGAGAUCUUCGCGUGGGAUCGCACCGUGAGUCGUCUCAUGGAGAUGCAGUCGACCGCCUACCUCAGCACGGCCUCGCGAUCCCUCAGCAGUGAGGAGUUCUUGGGACAGUACAAGCUCAAGAGCCUCUCGGACGAGGAUUUGAAGGACAUGUGGAGGCGCUACGACCAGGACGACAGCAACCACCUGGACAUGGAUGAGUUGAGGCUGUUCCUCGAAGACUUGUUGGAGAAGCAGUGCGGCCAUCGAAACCUUUCCGACGAGCUCUUCGAGAUCUGCCGCGAGGCCAUCGACAAGAAUGCUGAUGGCCAAGUUUCCUUCGAGGAGUUCGAGAGCUACCUGUCCGACUACUCCACGAUCGAGUCCGUGCUUGGUGGCUCUUGA